AAGAAUCACUUUGUCUUUCUUCCCUCCUUUCUCUUCUUAUAUAUACGUUUUGUUUUGUUCAUUCACUCUGUAUCACAACGCCCAAAAAUCUCUUCUUUGGGGUUUUUUUCAGUCUUUUUUCGUGAUGGGGUUCCCCAAUUCUAAACUUUCUUGAAACAAAGCCCCAUUCUUGGCUUUGUGUCAUUCUUGAGAUUUGCUAAUCUUGAUUUGUGGUUUUUGAUUGAAAGUUCAAAACUUUAUUAGUUUUGGGGGUUGUUUCUAGGGUUUUUCUUUACUUGUUCAAAUGGAAUUUACCAAAAUUUUGAGCAUUUGUUUUCAGUUUUGAAUCAGCAUUUGCUCAAUUGGAUGGUUUUAGGAUAACCCCUUUUGAUUUCUUGGAUUAAAGAUUGAAACUUUGUUCGAAUUCUUUGUUUCCAUCAGUUGUUUUUCUUGGUUUGUUGUUGUUUUUAGGUUCUGAAUUGAUUUCAUCAACUUUUUUGGUGAAGAGGGAAGGUAGGAUGAAUAGUGUUUUGAAUGAGCAGACUCUUGCAGACAAGCUUUCAAAGCUUAACACCACUCAGCAGUGCAUUGAAACAUUGUCCCAUUGGUGCAUUUUCCACCAAGAUAAAGCAGAGCUGGUUGUUACAACAUGGGGUAAACAGUUCCACAGUUCCGAAAUGACUAAGAAAGUCCCUUUACUGUACCUUGCCAAUGACAUCCUGCAAAACAGCAAGCGUAAAGGAAAUGAGUUUGUCACCGAGUUUUGGAAGGUUCUUCCUUCAGCACUUAAGGAGAUUGUCGGAAAAGGCGAUGAACAUGGAAAUAAUGUAGUUUCCAGAUUGGUUAAAAUAUGGGAAGAAAGGAAGGUUUUUGGAUCUCGAACACAGAGCCUAAAAGAUAUAAUGCUUGGAGAAGAGCUGCCACCACCACUGGAGUUUGGAAGAAAGCGAAGUCGUUCUGUCAGAAUAGUUAAAAGAGACACGCGGUCCAUAAGAACGAAAUUGACCGUUGGAGGAACAGCUGAAAAAAUAGUGUCAGCAUUGCACUUGGUAGUCAGUGAGCAUUCUACUGAAGAUGAAGAAAUGAGCAAAUGCAAGUCUGCUGUUCACCAUGUGCGAAAGAUGGAAAAGGAUGUUGACAUGGCCCUUGCAAGAGCAAAACAUCCAAAACGAAAAACCUUGUCCAAAGAACUGGAGGAGGAAGAAAGGAUGUUGAAACAAUCCAUUGAGAAACUAAAAGUUGUUGAGACCAAUAGAUUGACCCUUGUUUCACAGUUAAGGGAAGCAUUAAUUGAACAGGAAUCUGAACUAGAGAGCGUUCGGACUCAGAUACAGGUGGCGGAAGCACAGGCGGGGGAAGCCAGCAACAUGCGAAAGUAUCUGGAUGAUGAAGAUUAUGUGGGAGAAAGAAAGCCUUCGGGUACAACAACUACACCAGACAUCUAUGGAAAAGCAGGACAAACAAGCAAGAAGACAGCUGCAGCAAUUGCAGCUGAGGUAGCUGACAAGCUUACAGCUUCUAGCUCCUCUCAGUAUAUCAUGUCGUCCGUCCUCUCUACAUUUGCUGCUGAGGCGGCAAAAUCUGCUGGGCUUGCAAAACCUUCAUCAUAUCUGGCCACCAACAGUUACAUUUCACAACCAGAAAACGCUCUAUCUGAUUCAAAUGCUUUAAUGUCAGCACAGUUACAUAAUCCUCCCCCAAGUAACCCUUAUCAGUCCAUGCUGGCUCCUCAUCCCACAGUGCAUCAGGGUCAGUAUCAUUCACUUGCUAAUCCAACAUCCCAGCAGUAUUUACAGCCAUCAGCAGGAAUGAUGAGCCCUUAUAGUUAUGGGAGUAUUGCUGCCUUGCCAUCUGUACCACCUCCACCAGCACCUCCGUCGUAUAUGACUAUGACACAGCAACCAUUGUCGAUGAUGCAGCAGGGUGUAGCACAACAGCUACAAGCACCAUUACCUCAACAACCUCCUCCCCCUCCUAAUUUCCGUCCUGUCACCCCUGUCCAGCCUCCUGGAAUGAUGUACUAUUCUCAACCAUAUCAUUCACAACAAUGAGAGAGGAGUACUCUUUUCAAGCUGACCAUUACUUGUUGGUAUCAGAAACAACAAAUUUCUAGAUGUGAACAAUAGGAGGUUCUUUGGACAAAUCAUGAACCGACGCAUAGUGUUAUAUACAGGGCAAGAGCAGCUGAUAGUGCAGGUAAUAGAUUACCAUUAGUGUUUAUUUUUCCAUCUUCAAGACAGUUUAGAAAUUUCUGCGAUGAUGAUAGUCUUCAUCCGAUGUUGUUAUUGUUGAUUCCUUCGGGAUUCUUUCUGUUUUUCCUUUUCAUCAUACAUGUAACAUUAGCAUGAUGGCUGCUGAGAAUUUUUGUAUUACUAGUUAAACAGGAUAGAAGAACUAGGUUUUUCUGUCUCCCAUAAACUUGGUAAAUGAAAUAGCCAGCUUUGUUUUCA